AGUGAAUUGCAAUUUUGUCGUAACCAAAAUGGAGCUGCUUAUUCCUCAAAGACACAUGACUAUAAAAAAGUAAGCGAGUGUUCUGUCUGCAUAACGAUGACUGCUGAUGCAGGAUUGCUGUUGCAUCAUAGUCCGCUGGGCUUGCGGUUAUAGAUAGCUAUAAAGCUAUUAAAGUUAAGUAUUAUUACAUUCUUGCGAGACAGAAAUUUCAUAUCAGCGUUACUAGCGGGGAAACAUCAAUACUUGUGAAUUCGUAUUGUUAUUCGAAACAAUGUAGACCUGCAAGGUAUUACUUACAAACGUUUACCGUAUUAUGGAUAUAAAAUUGUUAUUGUAAAGGAAAGGAAGUGAAAAAUUAAUUAGCAGAAGAACUAUUCUUUAUUUCGUGAGGCCUCUUUUUUAAGGUCACAAAAAUUCAACCCAGUGGAGUUUAAACUGAUUACUUUCAAGCUUGAUAUUAAGACUGUUAAGAAAAUCAAACCACACUGCCACAUUAUCUUAUCGCUCACUUUUAAUAAUUGCAAUGUACUUCAAACUGUUUUCUCUUUCCCAGUCUUCAAUCCAGCUUACAGCGGACGCGUCCAUCUCCUCGGCCGUUAUAACUUUAACCGCUGAUGAUCCAGACAGUGGGCCCGGAGGAAAAGUCAAUUACUCUAUCCUGAGUAUCACGGGCUCCAUAUCUUCAGAGCAUAGUAGUGCAUUCCGUUGUAUCAACGAGUCAAAUGGGACUUUUAGAAUAGAUGAGUAUACGGGAACUUUAAGGGUCGCAAGGACGUUAGCAGCGCUCUGUGUUUAUAAGGUGACAAUUCGUGCAAUGGAUCAUGGCAGCCCUCCGUUGUACAGCGUUAUUUCCAUAGAAAUUGAGACCGGAAAUGCCACUGAUUUAGGAAUUCCUACAACCAUUGCGAUCGUAUCGCAGGAAGAUUUCACCAAAGUCAUCGUGAUCGUUUGUGUAUUCGUCUUGAUCAUCGCUGUCAUUAUUGCAUUGCUCAUUUGGAGGGAGGCCAGGUUAGUGAGGUUUCUCGUAAUCACAAGCUGCAUUUCUGUUGGGCGCCUAGUAACUGAUAGUUGUCCAAGAAAAUUUGAAUUUUCUACCUUCUUCUCCUGUUGUAACGAAAUAUUAUCUGUACCUAUCAGGCGUUCUGUAAAAACGGAUGGCGAUAUCAGCUCUUCAGAUGAGCAGGAAAGAGCUUGGUGCAGAAGAUACUCUAUCGAACAUCCGGGAACGUUUCUCGACCAGUGCUCUACGGCCACUGAGAUGCCGAGCUCGCUCCAGACUCCGCGCUCCGAUGCAGAAACAGACCUGCUGGAGAAUUUUACACUGCCGUAUGAUGAGAAAGGUUAUACUGUUUUAGAUGGAGACACCGAGAGCUUUUGUGUCAGCAUUGACUUUGGUAUGGAGUCUGAAGAGCCAUUCGUAUUUCCAGUCACCAUAGCAGCAGUAAAUGACAUCGACAGAAAAGUGGCCAGGAAAAAGAAAGCACUUGCUCGGCGGAAAAAGUCCCGCACGUCGCGUUCUUCGUGGGAAUCUAAGCGUUCUCAGGUGUCCCUGCCCGCGAAAUUUGGAUCCCGUAACCACUCGAAAGGAGGCGGUGUCCGUGAAGUCAUAUCUGAUACCCGGUUAUAAAAUAUCGAGAUCACUGGAAUAGAGUAAUUGCGGUCUGAAACAACUCAUUCAUACCAGGACGAAAUAUUUCACUUUGAGUAGGAAAGUUGCUGCCCCUUGUCUUUCCUAUUUGUCAAUCAGUAACACAUUACGUUUACUGUGCAAGUUAUGUUAUAUGUCAGUAAACAGCAAGCGCUUUAAUUAGAAGUAAUAUUCCUGUCCAUAUUAAGCAGAAAUGUCAAAAAGGUGAAAAAAAAAAAAAAGGUUGAAUUAACGCUUUAAAUAAAAAUAAAUAUCUCAGUCCUUUGAGACUCCAGGAAAACACCACUGCUUGCUUUCAGUCACAAAACAACUAGUGUUGGAUCAAAAAUGAUUUCGUUCUUCAGUUUCGCCCCAUAUCAAGCGAAAACGCCUCGUUUUUAUUGUUCUGAAGAAACUAAACACAGCACAUAUAAUGAUAGAGUAAGGAUGUCUCGCUAUCGAUUUUCUUUACCCGCAAUAUGGGCUUAUCCGCACUGGCAAAAAAUUGUUUAUUUAGAUAAAUUUUCUGUCACCACGUUAAGUACAGCAUUAUUAUGAAGACACGCAAAGUUGCGUAAAGUAACAAAGCCGUAAAGCCAUGGUAAAGAUGCCUUGUUUGUUAAAGCAUUUAAAGCGUCUAAAAGUCCAAGUGCGAUAUCACGCUUGAAGUACUGGGGUGGGUACACACAAACCUAAGAACUCUCGCCACCAUGGCCUGUCUGCUUAUUGACUCCUUGUGAACUUUCCGAUCGCUCAGAUGGAACGACAACGAAAAUAUUAUUAUUACUGGAUUCAUUGCGUUGUGUAUGUGUGCAGGAAAGAACAGGGCCUUCCCUUGGAUAUGUAAAGUGUUGACGAAUCAAACUGCAACUCGAGUAUCUCCUGAGUACCCGGCCUUUAACAAGUACCAAUCAGCGGGUUUUCCCAUUAGGUACCAGGUUCUCUUAGUUCUCCCGCUUAUUUUGGUGUCCUUUUGAAAUGGUACGAGAUGUCAGCUUGCAUCGAUGAGAAACCCAUCUUAAUACACUAACUGAACUAUACUUUGGCCGGGCAAAAUCCAGUUUACUUUCGCUUCGUCUCCGUGAAGUGGUCACUCAGCUGCUGUAAACGGGGGUCAGAGUCAACAACAGCAACACAGGUGAGUAAUUGUUGUAUUGAACGAUAAGCUUCUUAAACACUGUUUUAAAAGAUGACCAAAGAUGCCUGGAAUGCAAACAUUUAAUUUUGCUACUGGUCGGGAAUUGUACGCGAUGACGUAAUUGUUAUGAGACCGAAAGUGUUUUUGGGACACGUUGAAUGUUAUUAUUUUGUAUGAGAAGCCAUAUUGAAAUUUUGUACGAAGUGAAUCCUUCAAAAUCCUUGUAAUCCUCAGUCGGUAGAGCAUGAGACAGCUUAAUCUUAAGGAGUGGAGCCUAUAUAAUCCAGAAUAAAUACAGUCCAGAGGGAAUUCUUGUAUAGGGAAUAUUUCUUUCUCUAUCAAGCAGAAGUUAUACAUUGUGGAAUAGAAUCGACUUUCAGUUGAUGUGUUUAUAUUCUGUAUCAUUAUAAGCCGUAAGUGGUCGUUUAAAAUGUGGUGUAAGCUUAUCUGUUAUCAUUAACUUCCUGCAAGAUUUGUUAUUGGCUUUUAUGUACAUGUACACUGUAUGUAGUAUCUUAUGGCGCAUGUAAGGUUUUGUUAACCUCUGA